UUUUUCCCCCCCCCCCUCCGAGUAAAGAUGGCGACGGCGCAGCUAACGGACGAUGAGCUUUUCUCUGAGUUAAAGAGCUUUGGAUUCACUCCAGGCCCGGUCUCCGAGAAUACGAGACCGGUUUAUUUGAAAAAACUAAAGAAACUACGCGAGGAACAACAACAGAAAGGAGGAACCAGAGCGGGGAAAAACCGAAACAGCGGCAGUAUCAACAACAACAGUAGUAGCGGUGGUAACGGCAGCUACACAGCGGCGGGAGCUUCGGGAUGCGGAGCCAGGCCAGCUAGCCGUGACGUCACGCCCCGGAGCCCCGGUGGUCGACCGGUCCUGAACGAAAAGCGAAUUGGUGGAGCGGGGAAGUUCGUAUUGGGUUUUAGUUCGGACGAAUCGGACGUAGAGGACCCGAAGAAAAAACGAGGAGCGAACCACAGCGGUAGGAGAGACCGAGGUUCCGCGUAUCAACAACAACCGAUCAGGCCUACAACGGGAGCUGCUACCGCCACUCGGAAGAGCCUGGGAGUCGCUGUGAGUACCAGCAGUAACAACUCCUCUCCCGCCGGGCUGCUGGAGGGGAGGAGAAGCGGACCCGGUUCUCUCAGUUGGGUGGACCGGGGAAAAUCGAGCCUCGAGGUCUCGCGGGCCGCGGAAGUGAAGUGUUACGACGAAGAGCCCGAAGAAGACGACGAUUUUCAAGGGGAGACGGAGAGAGACAGUCGGUCUCUGAAUGGGAACAGGGCGUCUUAUUCACUGAACGCCAGUAGUAAGAAAGUCGGUGAUUACUCAGAUUCGGAGGAAGAGGAAGAAGGGGGGAUAAUAUCUGAGCAGGACCGUCAACGAGACCGGCGUACACAGCAACACUACUCCAGACGGAGUCACUCCUCCAAGCCGUCGCCCUACAGAAGUGCCAGGGGGUCAGAGAGCGGACAGGAAACCACUGGCGGCAUGGCAAUCAGGCUAAACGACACGCCUGGCGCUAGUAGGAGUCGACUAGACAUGAUGGGAGGCCGGGGGGAGGAGGAAGAGGAGGAGGAGGAAGAGGGAAAGAAACGAGGCCCUGGCGAAUCGUCCCUGAGCGGGAGCUUGCUGCGACGCCAUUGCCCCAGGGGGACCAUCUACGUGUCGGCUUUGAUGGGGGAGAGCGACCGCGGCAGCCCCGGGGAAAGCAGCGGCAACAAUUCCCCAUCCUCCGCCUACAAUAAAAACCACAUCGACAGCGGGGAUGGCGCCACCAGCAGCAGCAGCAGCAGCCGAUUCAACAUCGGCCUGAGACCGCGAUUCUCCAACUACAACAGUCUAUCCGCUACCUACCGACCCAACCAUUCAAAUCAUAGCGGUCCCAACCAUGCCUACAGCCAGUCGAGUCUCAAGCAGAAGCACACGGUACCGGAGGAUGAGCUGCUCCAGCAAUUUAAGCGGGAGGAGGUUGGGUCGUCCACCGGUGGUUGGGGGUUCAGUGCCCACUACCUGUCCAUGUUCCUGCUCAUGGCCGCCUGCCUGUUCUUCCUCCUGCUCGGCCUCAUGUAUCUCCGGAUGAGGGGGUCUGGAGCCUCUGAGGUCGAUGUUGUCGUUAAGAACCACCCGUUUGGCAGCGAGUUUGACAGUUCUUAUGACAAGACGGAGAAGGACACCAUUCUGAAACUCCUCCUCAACCUUCACGACCACCUGGCUCAUAUUGCUGGCCAACAUGACUGUACCGCCCCGGAGCAGCAGCAGGCCAACAGGAGUCUGUCUCUGAAGGAAGCCUCUGACUAUCUCCUGCAGCAGAAUGAACAGUACCGUCACUGGGUUCUCCUCGCUCUGGAGUGGAUCAUACGGACGGGGGAGGACGUUGGCAUACGGCUGAUCGGGGAUAACCCAGAGGAGGCAGUAGCGGAUGUGAGUGAGGUGACUCGUCUGGAGUCGACCCACCCCAAGAUGUCCUUCUCCUGCCGCUUCAGAAGAGCCUUUUUCACAGUCAUCCACAGGGUGCUGCUCAUCCUAACAGUGAUUGGUCUGGUGUGGGCUGUAUUCUACUAUAUGAAGUAUCGUUGGAGGAGAGAGGAAGAGGAGACCCGGCAGAUGUAUGACAUGGUGGAGAGAAUCAUAGGUGUUCUGAGGAUCCACAACGCAUCGUGUCAGGAGAACAAUGACCUCCAGCCCUACCUGCCCAUCCCUCACGUUAGAGACUCCCUGGUCCAACCCCAGGACAGAAAGAAGCUGAAGAAGGUCUGGGACCGGGCUGUGACCUUCCUCUCAGCCAAUGAGAGCCGUAUCAGGACAGAGUCUCAGCGGAUUGGCGGAGCCGACUUCCUGGUGUGGAGGUGGCUCCAGCCCUCUCUGAGCUGCGACCAGAUCUCACUCGUCCCCUCCAAAGUCUGGCAGGGCAAAGCGUUCCCUCUGGACAGGAGGAACUCUCCUCCCAACAGUUUAACGCCGUGUCUGAAGAUCAGAAACAUGUUUGAUCCAGUCAUGGAGGUUGGUGAAAACUGGCAUCUGGCCAUCCACGAGGCCAUCUUGGAGAAGUGUUGUGACAACGACGGUAUCGUCCACAUUGCUGUCGACAAGAACUCCAGAGAGGGCUGUGUCUAUGUGAAGUGUCUGUCAGCAGAACACUCAGGGAAAGCCUUCAAGGCGCUACAUGGCUCCUGGUUCGAUGGUAAGCUGGUGACGGUGAAGUACCUGCGUCUGGACCGUUACCACCAGCGUUUCCCUCAGGCCCAGGGCUGUACCACCUCCCUGAAGCCCUCAAACACCUACAUGAACACCAUGUCCAGAUUACGUCACCACACCAGCCCUGACAGCAGCUCUAACACGAACUCUCUAGGCUUCUCCUGAGGGGGGGGGGGCAGAUUACCCCAGCCUCCCCUCUCCCUCAACCCCACAGAUACCACCACACCGGCCCUGACGCUAACUCUCUAGGCUUCUCCUGGGGGGGUGGGGUGCAGAUUACCCCAGCCUCCUCUCUCCCUCCCUCAACCCCACAGAUACCACCACACCAGCCCUGACAGCAGCUCUAACACUAACUCUCUAGGCUUCUCCUGAGGGGGGGGGGGGGGGGUAGAUUACCCCAGCCUCCUCUCUCCCUCAACCCCACCACACCAGCCCUGACAGCCCCUUCUUACCCCUGUGUAACGGUCUCAACUCAACACAAGCCCCCCUUCCUUCAGGCUCCCCUUAACAAGCCUCUACUGGAGGUGAUGGCAGCUUGGUGAACCGUCUGUCUCGACUCACAGGGCUGGGUUGAACCGUCUGUCUCAACUCACAGGGCUGGGUUGAACCGUCUGUCUCAACUCACAGGGCUGGGUUGAACCGUCUGUCUCAACUCACAGGGCAGGGUUGAACCGUCUGUCUCGACUCACAGGGCUGGGUUGAACCAUCUGUCUCAACUCACAGGGCUGGGUUGAACCAUCUGUCUCAACUCACAGGGCUGGGUUGAACCGUCUGUCUCAACUCACAGGGCUGGGUUGAACCGUCUGUCUCAACUCACAGGGCUGGGUUGAACCAUCUGUCUCAACUCACAGGGCUGGGUUGAACCGUCUGUCUCAACUCACAGGGCAGGGUUGAACCAUCUGUCUCGACUCACAGGGCUGGGUUGAACCGUCUGUCUCAACUCACAGGGCUGGGUUGAACCGUCUGUCUCAACUCACAGGGCUGGGUUGAACCGUCUGUCUCAACUCACAGGGCUGAUUUGAACCGUCUGUCUCACAGGGCUGGGUUGAACCUUCUGUCUCGACUCACAGGGCUGGGUUGAACCGUCUGUCUCAACUCACAGGGCUGGGUUGAACCGUCUGUCUCAACUCACAGGGCUGGGUUGAACCGUCUGUCUCAACUCACAGGGCAGGGUUGAACCAUCUGUCUCGACUCACAGGGCUGGGUUGAACCGUCUGUCUCAACUCACAGGGCUGGGUUGAACCGUCUGUCUCAACUCACAGGGCUGGGUUGAACCGUCUGUCUCAACUCACAGGGCUGAUUUGAACCGUCUGUCUCACAGGGCUGGGUUGAACCUUCUGUCUCGACUCACAGGGCUGGGUUGAACCGUCUGUCUCAACUCACAGGGCUGGGUUGAACCGUCUGUCUCAACUCACAGGGCUGGGUUGAACCGUCUGUCUCAACUCACAGGGCUGGGUUGAACCGUCUCAACUCACAGGGCUGGGUUGAACCGUCUCAACUCACAGGGCUUUGUUUUCUCUUAAGUGGGACUUGACUGUUGGUUGUCCACAACCUGUCUGGACCACAGGAGUGGUGGGAGGCUUUAGACUGACAGUCCUGCUGUGUUUUUUGUUGUAAAGACCAAUCAGAGUUUUGAAAACAAAACUUUGGAAGACCACUUGAACAACCAAUGGGCUGAGAGAUUGGAGACUAGGGGGGGGGGCGUGGUCUGAGCUGGAGAUGUGUGACUAGGGGGGCGUGGUCUGAGCUGGAGAUGUGUGAUUCGCCGGUUCCCCGUCGACACUAUUAAAAAAAAAAAAUUUUUUUUGUUUUUGUAUUACAAACUUUAUGGAUUUAAACAAGGAAACACAACUUCCAUUUCGUUCUAAUGGCAUAUUUAAAAAAUAUAUAUGAGAGAGAAACAACCCCCACUUCUUUCUCUUGUCUCCCCAUCCUCUCCUCCCUCCAUCCCCCUUUUUUUAACGAGACUGACCCCAUGAUUUUUCGAGGAGUUGAGUUGGGGGGGGGCUAUACGUUGAAAUUGCUGCAUGUGCAGGUUAAAGGUAGUCUAUUUAAGCUUUUGAAUUUAUACCAAUAAUCUGGAUGUUUAUUUCCUGGAGAAUGGAAUCCCUUUUUUCCAUUUUCUUUCCUUUAGUUUUUAGUCGAGCCGGCGGAGGAAAGGCAGGCGAAUAAACACUUAGCCGACUGAAGGGUGGGAGUGGGGGCCGACUGAAGGGUGGGAGUGGGGGCCGACUGAAGGGUGGGAGUGGGGGCCGACUGAAGGGUGGGAGUGGGGGCUUCGCUGUCGGCUGGAAAUACACGUUGAAUGGUUGGGCUGGUGGCGGUGGCGUCCUUUUGAAUGAUCUGUAUUAAAUAAAGAAAAAAAAACAUAAGCUCUCUUUUAUUUUUUCUCUUCUCUCUUCUCCUGCCUACUAGCUUCAAUACUCUUUUAACAUACCGACUGCAUCAGAUUCUGUGUCCAGAAGUGGAAGCGUUUGUGAGAGAUUGGGAGGAUAACUUGUUGUGAGACAGUGAUUUUGUCAGGUGGUGUUGGUGCAACCCCCCCCCCAGGGCCUACGUCUUCGAUUGAAAGGAGUUUAGAGAAGAGGGGGGCUGAUAACGUGGGCGAUCAGUCAGUCGUCCAUUUUGUAUUUUUUGGCUUCUUUGGUUUUCUGUCUUAACUCUAUAUUGGCGGCCAUUUUAAGUAUCUUUCCUCCCUCAAGCAGCCCUGGUCUAAAGUAGUGCACUACACCUAUGAGCCCUGGUCUAAAGUAGUGCACUACCCCUAUGAGCCCUGGUCUAAAGUAGUGCACUACCCCUAUGGGUCCUGGUCUAAAGUAGUGCACUACC